AUGAUUGACACCAUAGAAACAUCGACAGAGAAUUCAUCAUUUCAACCUAAAUCUAUUCUUAAGAAUUCAAAAUCAGUACUAACUUUACAGUCUAAGACUACACCCUCAGACAGGAAAAAUUCCAACUCCAAAAAAAAAGUGUCUAGUUUCAUUAAAAAUAUUUCUAUACUGUGGAACUUGUUGAGGUUAAAAGUAAGAUCAUUAUCUGACGAAGUUUUUACAACCGACGAACUAGUGGACGAUCUAUUUGUUGAUACCGAUUUAGACGAUCCACUCGAAAGGCUAGCAAGGAAUAAUAAAGGAUACGCAUCAACAGAAGAGCAAUUUUUAAAAGAAUUUAAAAAGCACAAAAGUCUAGACAAAAUGCAUGAAGACUAUGUACAGAAGGUCCAACCUAUACAUGAAGAAUUGAAAUCAUCGACAACUGCAACUUCUGAUAUUCAGACAAAGGGAAGUCUUUCGUUGCAAGACUUAAUACGGCAAAUUUCCGACACUACGAAUUCGUCAAAAACCCCUUGUAACGACUCCGAAGAUGAUGAAGAGGAAGAAGGUGGUUCAAAACUGGUUUCAUAUCACGAUGUUGAUAUAUGUAAGAUGAGAGAGGAUUUAUCCUUGCUGCUUAAACAGAUAGUCUCAUCGGAAAGUAUCGCAGAUACCUCAAAGUCUACUUUGCGUGAAAGAGGAAGCCAGAUAAACCUUGGAGAAAUGUUAUGGGAAUAUCGUCGGAGUAAAUGGUUGAUCACAAAUCCUGAAGGAGAAUUAAGGGCUGAGGAACACUUGCGUCAGCUGUCCAUAGCACAUAUUCCAAAAAACUCCUACGUUCGAAUUUAUAAUAAUUUAGUCGACAAAGGAAGGUUAUUAAAAGACGACAAGCGUAUAAAUUUAAGUGAUCUAAUUAAGGUUAUUAACGCUGGUUGGAUUGCAGAAGAAAGAUGGGAUCGAGCAGCCAAAGGUUUAGCAUAA